AGAAGCUAUGUAGAAGCUUCCACACACACAUAUAUAUAUGUCCAAUUCUCUGUGUUGUCAUUUGUAAACCUUCACUGCCCAAUUCUCUCUGUGUGUGUAACCGAAGAAGGCGAUAAUCACAAAGCUGUUUGUUUUGAUGUUUUAGUGAAAAUUGAAUUUCCCAAAUGAGUUCUAAGGAGAAGUAUAUGAGGAACAAUCGAAGAUCAAGAUCGGGUAGAACCGAUCAUGAUUAUAAUAGCCAAAGCAGUAGUAACCGUAACCGUAACCGUAGUUCUGUAGAUUUUUCUGGAAUUUCUGAAUCUGGGGUUCGUCAAUUGAAUGCUGAGAGUGAAAUAGCUCAACAGUCCAACCCGAUUAAUGUUGGGUCGGAUGGGGAUUCGGGGUCAGGUUCUGGGGUUGAUGAGGGUGGGUUGAAUAUCUGUACUGAGGAUCAAUUGGAAGCUAUCUUGUUGCAAAAAUUGGAGGUUUUGUAUGGUGAGGCUAUUGCUAAGAUUACCAAGUUGGGUUAUGAUGAGGAGGGUGUUAUGAAAGCUAUGUUGAAAAAUGGUCAUUGUUAUGGUGGGAUGGAUGUUUUGACUAAUAUUUUACAUAACGCCUUGUCGUAUUUGAAUAAUGGGUAUGUAAAUAGCGGGAGUUCUUCGAGUGGGGAUGAAUCAGACCAACCUUUUGUUGAUUUAAGACAGUUGGUGGAGUAUUCUUUAGCGGGUCUGAUUUGCUUGUUGCAACAAAUGAAACCACAUUUAAGUAAAGCGGAUGCGAUGUGGUGCUUGUUGGUUAGUGAUCUUCAUGUGGGUAGGGCGAGUGUGAUGGAAAUUCCUGAUGGGAGUGGUCGUACUACUGGGUCGCUGAGUGCUGGUGGUAGUAGUACUAAUGUGGAGGGUGUUGCUACUGGUCCUAUUGGGGUUGUGCCUGCGAUGUGUAGGUUUCAUGGGGGCUGGGGUUUUGGGAAUAGCACUGGUAAUGCAUAUCCGUUAAAUAAGUCUUCUGCAAUUACCUCUGAUUCUAGUCCAUAUAAAGAGAUUGAUUGUCCUAAGAGGUUUAACCUUACUCCGUCGAUGAGAACCUUGCUAAAGAGGAAUGUAGCUGCGUUUACGGCUGGACUUAGGUCAAACCCUAAGUAUAUGCAGAGCCAGUCCCGGGUUUCCUCUAGUUCCCUGACUGAUGGGGAUCAAUCAAGUGGGCUUGCGCAGUCGGGUGUCUCACAAACUUCGAAAAGCCAAGAUGUUAACUGUGUGGUAGGUAAAUUUCAAGAUUUGAAUCUUGAUGAAAAUACACAGCAGCAGAGCAAGGGCAAUGAAGAUCUGGACCAGAAAGAUGAGAUGCUUCUAAGUCUGCUCGAUCAGAUAAAGGAUCUUGAGAAACAGGUCAAGGAAAGGAAAGAUUGGGCGCACCAAAAAGCUAUGCAGGCUGCUAGGAAGCUUAGCAAUGACUUGACAGAGCUGAAAAUGUUGAGGAUGGAGAAGGAGGAUAUCCAGAGAAUGAAGAAAGGUAAACCGGCUGUAGAAGAUGCUACCAUGAAGAAAUUAUCAGAAAUGGAGACUAGUUUAAGAACAGCAAGCGCGAAUGUUGAUCGGUCAAACAUGUUUGUGAAAAAACUUCAGGAGGAUAACGCAGAAAUGAAGGCGGAGCUGGAGGCCCAGAAGCUAAGCGCUUCGGAAUCUGCGAAAAAAUGCGCGGAAGCUGCAAAAAGGGAGAAAAAGUGCUUGAAGAAGCUUGGUGUUUGGGACAAAAAGAAAAAGAAGCUUCAGGAGGAAAUUGCAGCUGAGAAACAAAAUAUUUCAGACUUGCAAAACCAGCUGGCUCAGUCAGAGGUAGCUAUAAAAGAUGCUGAGGUCAAAUGGAGGCUGGAACAGAAGGCUAGGCAGCAAGCAUCUGCACUAGUGGAUGAAGAACGACGUUUGAAAGAAGCAGUCGAGGCUAACAACAAAAGGAAGCUUGAGGAAUUGCGCUCGAAGGCAGAAAUAGACUUCCAGCGGCACAAGGAUGACUUGCAAAGGCUUGAACAGGAUCUUUCUCGGCUUAAAGCAUCUACUGAGCUGCAGAAUCAGUCGGCUAAUGUAGUAACAGGUUCUAACGCGGAACAGCAUCCGCAUGGAAAUAUUGCAAGGAUGUUACGUGAGUUAGAUAAUUCCCAGGAGUAUUCUCCCGUGAAGGAAGACUCUAGGGAGUGUAUCAUAUGCAUGAAGCAUGAAGUUUCAGUUGUUUUCCUACCUUGUGCUCAUCAAGUUCUGUGUUCCAACUGCAACGACAACUUUGGAAAGAAGGGAAGAGUUUCUAAAUGUCCAUGCUGCAGGGCUCCAAUCGAACGGAGGAUCCGUGUCUUUGGUGCAUCAUCCUAAGCCUUCAUCCCAGCUUUUAUCAUGGCAUGCUCGUAAACUGUCGGUUAGACUAUAAAACAAUGUUUUAUUUCCUGCAUUAUCUUAAAACUUAUGCUAGUAGACUAUGCUAUCUUCAAACUUAUGCUCAUAGAACAUAUACUAAGUAAGCAGCUCAUUGUGUUGUAAUGGGUACUCUUUAUACAGGCUUUUCUGAAAAUGUUUUUUCCCAUCGUAGAUGGGGGCAAACAAAAAAAAUACUCUCUUUGAUA